GCCAGAUCCUACGUUCCGCUCUAUUACGACGGCUAUCACUGUUGCUGCCAGCAGCUGGGUUAUUGAUCUGAGACGGUUUUCCAAGUUCUUUGUGAGUUGAGAGUGUCCCUUCAACAAUGAAGCGGUUCUUUAAGCCGAUAGAGAAGGAUGGGUCUGCGAAGAAACCUGCAUUGGAACAACAGGGCAAUGGUGAGCAGCCGGAUGGGGCAGCUGACUCGGGAGUUGGGCUGGCGAAUCAGAACCAGCAGCCGUUGAAAUUCGUAACGUGGAAUGCCAAUAGCUUCCUUCUUCGCGUAAAAAACAACUGGCCUGAGUUCUGCAUAUUCGUCUCCCGCAUCGACCCUGAUGUUAUCGCCGUCCAGGAAGUAAGAAUGCCUGCUGCUGGUUCAAAAGGUACACCCAAAAACCCAGGGGAGUUGAAAGAUGAUACAAGCUCAUCACGGGAGGAAAAAAAGAUACUGAUGCGUGCCCUUUCUAGUCCGCCAUUUGGAAGUUAUCGUGUUUGGUGGUCCCUCAGUGACUCAAAGUAUGCUGGUACAGCCUUGUUGGUAAAGAAGUGUUGUCAGCCUGUAAAGGUCUCUUUUUCACUUGAUAGAACAGGUACAAAGCAUGAACCAGAUGGCCGAGUUAUUCUAGCUGAAUUUGAGACAUUUCGCCUAUUAAAUACAUAUUCACCAAAUAAUGGAUGGAAAGAGGAGGAAAACUCAUUUCAGAGGAGAAGAAAAUGGGAUAAAAGGAUGCAGGAGUUUGUUCUUAAAUCAUCAGACAAGCCUCUGAUAUGGUGUGGCGAUCUGAAUGUUAGCCAUGAAGACAUAGAUGUGAGUCAUCCAGAAUUUUUCAGUGCAGCAAAGCUCAAUGGUUACAUACCUCCAAAUAAAGAGGAUUGCGGCCAGCCUGGGUUUACUUUGAACGAGAGGAAGCGAUUUGGUGCCAUAAUGAGAGAGGGAAAGCUGAUUGACGCCUACAGAUUUUUGCACAAGGAAAAGGAUAUGGAGGGUGGUUUCUCAUGGUCUGGAAACCCAAUCGGGAAGUAUCGAGGCAAAAGGAUGCGCAUAGAUUAUUUCUUAGUCUCUGAGAAGCUGAAAGAUCAGAUUGUAUCCUGUGAGCAUUGGGGGCGUGGAAUUGAACAGGAAGGUUUUUAUGGAAGCGACCAUUGUCCAGUUUCCCUUGAGCUUUCACCAGCCACGUUAGAUGCCAACGGCAGUCACGUUCCAGCAGAAUCUUAGUUGUUAAUAUGCUUUGUGAUUUGCUGGAUAGCCCCAGUUUAGUGUGAGAAACAAUUAUCAAGUUUUUAUUUAUUAGAAACCUGCCGUUUGAGUCUGCAAGAUCUUGAUCUCCUGUGUAAAGUUGAUGAGUUGUGUUGGAGUUCCACAUGCAUAACCUUGGUAAAUGUUAGCUUACAAGAGAUCCUAGACAGCUGGACUUAAUUUUUCUCUAUUUAGUUAAUAUUUAGUUAUUUAACAUAUAGUUUGGUAUAAAAUGAAUUUCA